AAACAUCCCUGGAUCUGGUCAAGUUGUUGUCGCCCUCGAAGCCCUCGAACAUAAUCCCCUUCUUGUCGGUUGUUUACUUUCCUCCAAUUAUAUUAUACCACCUAUUGUCGUCGUCGAGUUCUGAAUCAUCGUCAAAAUGGCCACCGAAAAGAAGGACAAGCUUGAGCCGCAGAUCAAGUCCGUCGACAUGACGGAGGAUAUGCAGCAGGAGGCUGUCGAAGUUGCGAUUGAGGCCAUGGACAAGUAUCACAUUGAGAAGGACAUUGCCCAGUACAUCAAGCGAGAAUUCGACUCGCGUAAGGGCGCAACAUGGCACUGUGUGGUUGGAAGGAACUUUGGUAGUUUCGUGACGCACGAGACGAAACACUUCAUCUACUUCUACCUGGGUCACUGCGCCAUUCUCCUGUUCAAGACCCAAUAAACACUCUCCGAAAAUAUCUCGCGGGCUCACGCCAGAAUGCUGGGAUUCUUUACGUAUUGUCGACCGCCGUUGUGCCCUGGGCAAUAAUCAAGGGUGGUGGAAAAUGCCGCGCAAUGGGACGCAGCGGGGCGAAGCAGGAAGGGUCAAGAGAAGCCAAAAACCCCGGGGUUAUUGUUGCUCCGGGUCAGGACUAUUACGUCCGGGCUUCUCGCUCUCCUUGAGCCUACUAUGGCGGUCAACUAGAUUCGUUUCUACUUUCUUCAGCGAAAUUCUUUCUGUUAAUAUCUCGGGGUUAUCCCAUUCACUUCAAU